AUGACUAGCCUAGAUCGAUAUCGCGAGAAAGAGGAGCUUCAACGUAUGUUAACCCUCUGCGACUGGAUUUCCUGCUAUCCUCGACGGACUCUAGCCGUGGUAUUCAGUGUGCUUUUACCUUUUUUUAGCUAUUUUCUCUUCUAUCCCAUUGAAAUCGAAUCCGAUGUGCGAAGAGGUUUCGCUGAACGAGGUGGAAGAUCAGCCAGCGAGUUCAAGAGAUUUGCUGAUUACUACAACAUUACAUAUGAGGGUCUUGAAAUAUGGGCAGUUCUGGUGACGGAGAAACGAUCCACUGGUCGAAAAUACAUGAACAUGUCUAUGAAACUUCUUGAUGAGGUGGAGCGACUGGACAAGUUUGUACACAACAUGAGUGUUAUGGUUGACGAUACUUUAGUUCAUUUUGAUGACCUCCAUGCUUUAGAUAUUAAUUACAUCUUUAACUGGUAUAAAUAUGCAUAUUCAUGGUCGAACUUUUUUGCCGACAUUAAUCUAACAUAUCCCGUGGGGAAUGCAAUGGGACAUAAGUUUUUCCUUGGCAGCCACUUCUUUGGAGUAAACAAGCACAAGAAAUCCUUUAGAGGGCCUAUUGAACAAAUGGAAUUUGUAACACUUUGGUACAUGAAUCAGACACCAAAUAUCACAGAACGAAGGCGUCUACAAGCUCUGCAAUUAGAGCUGUUCAGAUUGAGCCGUCUGGACAAUUUUAGCGAUCUCAUCAGCUUUGAAAUGUAUGGAGAUCAGGUAAGCUUCUGUAGCCUACUGAGAUCAGGUUUCGCAAAGAGUUUACUAUCCAAAUUUUACUUGCACUACCAAAAUAUACCAAAAUGACG